AUGGAAGUGUGGGGUGGCUCGGGACCGGGAAUUCGAACUGCUCCCUGGCAGGCCCAGAGGCUCAGGUCCGUGGCGCUCCAUGGACCGGAACCUGCCGGGAGGACCUCGCUGGAGAGCACAGAUGGGCACCCUGGGCUGGAUGUAAGUGGCCUGACCGGCGUGGGGCACGAGGACACCUCUCGCCUCGGACCCCCGGCCAUUUUCACAGCCCUGGGUGAUUUCUGGUCCUCUUUGUACAAAGCCGUUUCUCUUGGGCUCUGCGGGACCUGGGACUCGGUUCAUCUGAGCGGCCACCCCGCGCUUUCCUCCCUCACCCAACUCGUGGGGUUUCGCUGCUCCCUCCGUCCUUUAGUUGGCAGCUUGGAUAGAGCUCUUUCCCCCGCACGGGCUCCGAUUCGCGUUCCACCGCCCUCGCGGGUUGGAGACGUGGCUGGGCCCCUCCGUGGCUCUCGCCUUCUGCCCCACGCGGAGGCUCGGACUCCGCUGAAGGCUAAGGCUCUGGCUACCGGAUGUGCCCUCGGUCUUCCAGAGGAGGGCAGUGGAGACAUUGUGAGUCCCUACCGGCGGGCGACCGGGAGGCUGCGGAGGUACCGGCGGCAGCGGCGGUGGCAGCCGGGAGACUGCGUGGAAGAGGCGGCGGCAGCCAGGAGGCGGGUUUCUUUCUGUUUCCAAAUGUUUCUACUUUUUUCUCUUCCCUUUAGCUUCUCACCUGGGAAGGGUGGGUGCCCCACCACCCUCCCGCCCUCUUUCCUCCACGUGGAAGACAAAGAUGUCCAGCACCAUGGACAGCUCCGGGACGCUGUGGAGUCUCGGGGAGAGACAAAGGCUGAGAGAAGCCGGCAUUCCGGUCUCCAGGAAAUUGGGUUUGUCCUCAGUAAAUUCUAUGAUCUUGCUUAUUACUGUCUUGGGAAGUCCUUCCCGAUGUAUAAUCGAGAUCUGUAUUGCUGCAGCACCAGUUCUCUGACCCUUAGCUUGACAUGGCUGAGUUGAGAGAACAUGUUCCAAACACAAUUGGAGGGACUGAAACAAGAUAGGACACACUGGCAGGCAGAUUCGUGGCAUGUUCUCAGUCUGAGGUGAAGUCAGGGGUGAAGUCUGAGGAAUGCUAAAACAGUUCUUGCAGGUUGAACACAGGACUGCGGAAGAGGCCACAGGAACAGUGAAGUCACCAAAAUCCUCCCAGGUUGGUCCAUAGCCCAAGGGAAGCAUGCUCCCUGCCUUCCUGAAGCAAGUUUCCUGGGCUCUCUGCCUAAUCUCUCACAUGUUUGGGAUAUGACUUUCUGCCCUGGGCAUUCCCCGCAGCCCUCAUUGCCCUGGGUAGAUGCCUAGACCCAAGAAGUCUAGAAGAGAUGUCUAGACUCAAGCCACUGUCAUGUGGCCCCUUUGUUAUGGAGCCCUCCCCAGCUCCUCACCUUUCCUGAUGGCUGCUGGAAGUUUGUCCUUUGCCUCCUCCUAAGGUCUCCAUUCAAAGAGUACUUAUUUUCACUGUCAACAGUUUUUCUUUUCAGACCAAAAAGAAGAAUCUUCUUCACCCAUCUGGCCUGGGUUCUCUCUGUGAAGCCUUCCUGGAUUGUCUGAAAGAUAAGGCUAAGCUCUAGCAAGUUGAAAUUGACUGGCUCCUUCAAGAAGCCUUUGAACAGACUGCAAGUGGGGAGGACCCAGCCUCCAGCCUGGGCAGCCGCUGGAGCCAUCUGGGAUAAGACUUUGCUUGACCCAUCUCUCCCACAUCCACAGGCUGUCCAUCCCAGUUUAUCCUGUGUCAUCUGAGAUGGGAUUCUCUUGUCCUCUGAGAUGGAAGCCCCAUCUCAUGUCCAAUAAAGACUCUUGAAUAUUGAAUAAGA